AUGCGGAGAGUGAUCGCUUUAUUGAUUACUGGAACACUGAUUCUACUCUUUGCCGUUUUUUUUCGCACCUCCUUGACGCACGAUGAUGAGGUUGCAUUUGUUGAAGAUGACGUAGAGGAGAUGGAGUUGUUACCGGAACAGGCUUCCGUGGAAUGUUGCGACACUGGCAGCGCUAGCUUCAUCAGUAAACAUUAUCUUUUGGUAAGCACAAUAGAUGGCAAAAUAACGGCCAUGGAUAUCGAAAAAAAUGGAGAGGUGGUGUGGACAGUGGAUGCCGAUAAAGUGCCAUUGUUGUCGAGUUCACUUAAUCAACAAAAAUUAGUUGCCGAAAAUUUUCCAUACAUGUUGGUACCAUCGCUUGACGGUUCGUUAUAUAUGUUCAAUGUGAAAAGUAGUUCGUUAAGUCUAAUCCCGUUGAGUGCUGAUGCACGGAUAAUGAUUGGGAACGAUGAGGUUGCUGGCGGGACAUUUGUAACAUCUACUGGGAUCGAUCCUCUUACUGGCAAGAUACGAUAUCGAUGUACAGCAGGGAGAUGCAUGCAGUACGAAAUCACAACCAACGACUCAUCGCUUUAUACCCUUAUUGUCCGGAAAAAUACACAAAUUGCUCGAGCUGCCGAUCCUGUUACUGGAAUAGAGAGGUGGAAUUUAUCAGUCGGUGAAUAUGAUAUUAGCCUGGUGUCAUCAGAUGAUUUACUUCGUUUUGAAGUACCUAGUAUACCUGCUCAUAUCCAUUUUCUCUUGGAACCGCCGAGUGGUAGUGUUUCAGCAGUUGAUAACUGCGGGAAUUUGAAGUGGGAAAAGCGACUGUCAAGCCCAGUAGCCAGAGCUUGGCAGUUAUCUCGUGGGAAGAUUCUCGAGAUAUCAUUAUUUUCUUCUGAAACUAUAGGUGCACUAAGUGAUUUUAGUGGAAGUGAUCAUCAAUUUAUCCCUAAAUAUGAAGCACCGUUUUAUUUCGGAACAGUCAACUCAGAACCAUAUAUUAUACCCUCGGAGUAUAUGCGAGAACUGCAUCGUACAUCUGCGGAUAUGGGAAAGGAGUAUCAUCCCCAAACAUUAGACUCAUUUUAUCAUUCAAGAGCACCAUUUUUGGAAGAUUUGAAAGUUGGUGAUUUGAUACGGCGAUCGUAUAGAACGACUCGAAAUGCAGCUGAAGCUAAUCAGGUAAACAGUGUGAGAGAUUCAGCAGCCUCGAAAUCAUUAACAUGUAAUAUAUACGAUGCAGUUACCAUUGCUGGCAGCAAAAAGCUUAAAGAAAACAUUGAAGCGAAAGGUGAUCAUGGCUGGUACAUCUUCAAACCGCUUCGCAAACCAUGCCAAAAAAAAAACCUAUUUCGAGAAAUAGAUCAAAAGAAGCGAAGAAGUUCAUAUAAUUUUCCCUGCAGGCGAAGGAAUGUUUUAGAAGGGCUGAAACAGAUUGCCUAUGAACCAGUUUCAGGAUGGUGGAAAAUCAUUGCACUUUUAUUGUCUUUAAUUGCGAGUUCAUUUGCCGCUAUUAUUAUAUUUUAUUGGCAGCAGAUUCGGCAUCUCAAAUUAUUUGUUUUACUACAUGAUUUGGGGAAGAGGUCUCACAAUCAUUCGAAUCUUUCACUUCCAUCGCUCCAGAAAAUAAAGUAUAUGAAUGUGGGUGCAUCUGUUGGUACUCGGAUGAGUCGAAAAAGAAGCACAACAACUUCUCACUCUGCGCAAGAGUCGUUUUCAUCGAAAUUUCUGGAAGAUUUUGUACCCGAAAAAUGGCUUGGACGUGGUGGUUAUGGUGUUGUUUUUAAUUGUCGCAAUAGAUUGGAUGACCGGAGCUAUGCUGUUAAACGAAUCGCAGUUAGCAACACAACUGCUGCAAUUGAUCAUGUGAAACGAGAAGCGCGUGCAAUGGCACGUCUUGACCAUCCAGGCAUAAUCCGUUAUUUCCAUACUUGGAUGGAAAAACCUCCUUCUGGCUGGCAACAAGCAAAAGAUAAAGAAAUUCUUCAGAACAUUCGCUUUAUUGAGGAUUCAGGGAACAAAUCUAUAAUACAAACACUAGAAAAUGACCAGAAUACAACCCAGUCAAAAAUUCUUGCAAUUAAGGAUUCAUCACUUAGUGAAGAACUGUUUCAUGGAGUAAAUUUAAAUACGUCUGCCAACGAAAAAGGUAUUAGUGCAAGUGAUGACACCGAUAAUCUUUCAUGGAUGGAUGAUAAUAAUGACAGUAAAUUGGGAGGAGCGACAGAAUCAGAUUCAUCUUCUGAUAGUAAUAGCGAGCCUAUUGGGCAUGGAAUCACUGCCAUAGCUACAGGAAAUGAUGAUUCGACUGACAUAAUUUUUGCUGACUGUGGAAACUCCUUGCGCAGUACUGAAGAAAUCGCAGGAAAAAGAUCAAGAAGUAGCAAAUUACUAGAUCCUCUCGAACCUCCCGCUGUUUUGGUCAGAAGCAUGUGUGAUUUACAAAGUUGUAAGAACAUCAAGGACUAUGUCUACCUUUAUAUACAGAUGGAGUUGUGUCAAGAGUUAACUCUGCACAGUUGGUUGCUGGCAAAUAACAGAGACGAACAUCGUAAAAUAACUCGAAUGCGCAAAUGGUUUGCAGAAUUGGUCUGUGCCAUUGAUUACAUUCACAAUCAGGGCCUAAUUCAUAGAGAUCUGAAGCCCCAAAAUAUAUUUUUUUCUGCGAAUAACUAUUUGAAAAUUGGUGACCUUGGUCUUGUGACAAAUUAUGUUAAUGCUGAAGAAAGGUCCGAUUUCAAACAAGAUGUCAUAACAAAUAUUUCUCAUACGAGUUAUGUUGGUACUCGUCUGUAUAUGAGUCCAGAACAGUUGAAAGGCAAACCGUAUAAUGAAAAAGUUGAUGUGUUUUCACUGGGUCUUAUUUACGUUGAGCUCAUUGUUCCCAUUACAACUAUUAUGGAACGUAAUAGCAUUUUGUCCGGCUUGCAAAAUGGUAUCAUGCCAAAAUGCUUGGAUAAUCUUCCACCUAAGGAGAAAAAUUUCGUCGCUUGGCUGACAGUCGUCGAUCCUGAGCUUCGUCCAUCAGCGCGUCAGUUAGCCGAAUGUGACUACUUGCAAGAUGAAGUGAAUAUGUUAGGCACUUCAUAUUUUCGUAAACAUACUUUCUUAGGAAGUCGAUAA